AACGGUGGCACCAUAUUUGUGCAAAUCACCGCUAUUGAGGUGCUAUCCAGUGGGCCGCUAAACCCAAAAAGCUAGUCCUUGCAAAAGCUCGACGCGCUUCUCCUAAUCUCCUCUUCCUUGCAGAGGUCAGAGAAAAUGGCGCUUCAAAUACUGAAGCUACCCAUCAUAUCACGCUGUUACUGUGCUUGCAGCUCCAGCAAUAGCUUCUUUUUCUCCUGCAAAUUACCAUUCAGAACUCCAGAGCUCUCUGCGAGAUGGAUCGUGUUCAAAGCCCGCGAUCAUCAUUCUGUAAGAACGUUUGCUUCCCUGACCACGUACAAGGGUCAACCAAAGAAAAAGAAAAGGAGACUGGAUGAACUGUGUCUUGAGAGAUUUCAGCAGUACAGCCGGACAUUUAUACAGUCAUGGAUUCUACAAGGCAAAGUGCUUGUGGACGGAAAAGUCGUUAACAAAGCAGGGAGUCAAAUCUCUGAUAAAGCUGUUGUGGAGAUCAUGGCUGAAGUUCCCAAAUAUGUGUGCAGGGGAGGACAUAAACUGGAGGCUGCUAUUGAAAAUCUGGGGAUUGAUGUUGCAGGGAAAGUAGCUCUUGAUUCAGGCUUGUCUACUGGAGGAUUUACUGAUUGUUUACUUCAGUAUGGUGCUUCAUUUGUCUAUGGAGUUGAUGUAGGAUAUGGACAGGUGGCAGAUAAAAUUCGCCGAGAUGAGCGUGUAAGUGUCAUUGAGCGUACAAACCUGAGAUACCUUUCCGAACUCCCACAAAAAGUCGAUUUAGUAACUUUGGACCUCUCCUUUAUUUCUAUACUUCUGGUUAUGCCUGCAGUUGUCAAUUUGAUGAAGGAAGAAGCUACUUUAGUUACUCUGAUUAAACCUCAAUUUGAGGCUCGGAGAUCCCAAGUUGGAGGAGGUGGAAUUGUAAGAGAUCCCUUAGUCCAUCAAGAGGUGAUUGAGAAGAUCAUAAAUGGGGUACAAAACCAUGGGUUUCAAUGCAAAGGCUGGAUUGAAUCACCUCUGAAAGGAGCUGAAGGCAAUAUAGAGUUUCUGGCUUGCUUCAGUCGACAAGCAGUCAUUAGUAAAGAAGUCGAGAAACAAUGAGCCUACAUAACAUUUGGAUCAAACAUGUAUUAUACUGGCAUGCUGGAUGUCUUCCCGAAAGCAUUAAAGAGCACAGCUUCUAAAGGGCUUGGAGAUCAAGUCAAUUACAUGGAAGCAUGAUUCUUAAGUAGGAAUUCCAGAUGAAGGGCCUUCUGACUCUUUGGUCCUUUCUUGACUGUCCAUAACAAUAAACAUUCAAGUUUUGGCGAAGGCUGGCAUGAUAACACUUGCAGCAAGAGAAUGGGGGUUGAACUUUUUAGUUCAUGUCGUGUAGAUUGUGGUUUACGAAUCUGAAUUUGGAUUCCAUCUGUAACAUGUAGUCUGUAGUGAUAGUAGUAUUCUUCUCCAGUUACCUGUUUAUACCAAAGUCAGCUGGCAAUGGAAUGUAAUACACGUCCAUACUGCAGUUCGAAAGACAAAAUUAUGGGUUACUGAAAUACCUUUGCAAGUGCUAGAGAACUAGUCCUUUUCAAAAUAUUGGAAUGCUGAUUUAAAUGGAGUUACAUGGACAGUGAUAAUUUA